UUUAAAAAAAAUUUUUAGAACGAGAGAGGAAAGAAGGGUUGUAAAAGGCCCUCUCUCUCUCUUUCUCCCUUCUUCACUUCAUUUCAUUUCCCUCCUUCUCAAAAAUUUUUAUUUUUUCGUUUAUUGGUCUUCUCACCAAAAAAUGAAUAAAUUUUCAUUUUCUGUCCUUAUCUUCUUUUUAUUUUUUAUUUUAUUUAUUGCGCAGUUUGGAAUUUUUGUUGAGUCUAAAGAUGAAUUAUUGCUUGUACAAGCUUUUUGGCGUCAUGGUGAUCGUUGGCCAAUUACUACUUAUGCUAAUGAUCCAAUUAAGGAGGACAGAUGGCUGCAAGGAUGGGGGCAACUUACACCUAAAGGAAUGUCUCAACAAGUUAUUUUGGGUGAUAAACUUGCUCAAAAAUAUAUUAGAGAAUUAAAAUUUGUCAGUCCUCGUUAUAAAAGUACAGAAAUUUAUGUAAGAAGUACAGACUUUAAUAGAACAUUAACUAGUGCUAUUUCAAAUAUGGUUGGGUUUUAUAAGAAUGGAGAACCGGGAGAAGACUUUCCUGAAGAUGCUUGGCCGAAAGGCUUUACCCCCGUCGCUGUCCACUCUACUAGCAGUCAAAGUGAUCAACUCGUUACAGAUAUGGUUUCUCCUUGUCCUAGACUAUCUGAAAUGCAAAUAUUGAUGAAGAAAACACCCGAAUAUGAGAAAUUAAUGAGUGAUAAGAAGUGGAUAUUUGAUGAUUUAACAAAAUUUUGUGGACAAGCAAUAAACACAUCCAAUAUUGGAAUGUUACAAGAUACUCUUUUUAUUGAAGAUCUUUACAAAAAUAAAUUAAAAUUAGAAAUGCCAGAAUGGACACAAAACAAAACUAUUAGGGCUGAAAUUAAAAAUAUUAGUGAUUUAAUGAAUGAAUGGAAUAAUGGAAGGGGCCUUAAGCCCUUCAACGGAGUCGACUUCAGUUUAGAACUCCCAAGAAUUCAUGGUGGGCCAAUACUUUGGCUACUUAUUGGAAAUAUGCUGGCAAAAAUGCAUUUUCAAAAUAGUUCCCCAUUGGGUAAUCCUAUUUGUCAAUGGAUUAGUACAAGAAAAUAUUUUGCUUAUUCAGCUCACGAUUCAACACUUGCUGCCUUAUUCUCAACAUUAGGUUUCCCAAAAACUAAUUAUCAAGAGGAUGGAUUUCCUCAUUACACAACAUGCAUUACUUUUGAACUAUGGGCAAAUAAUAGUGGAGGGGAUCCUUAUAUUAAGGCCUUUUAUUGGCCACCAGAAAGCAAAGAUACUAUAGAUGUAACACAACACAUCACUGGCUGUGAAAAUGAAUGUAGUUUAAAAACAUUUACAAAUCGUUCAGAAAUAUAUAAAGCAAAACCUUCACUUGAAGAAUAUUGCCAAAAUACUAAUUUUAACAAUAAUUAUUCUUCUUCUUCAAAGGCAAUUAAGCCUUUAAUGUUAAUUAGCUAUUGCUCUUUUUUGGUGUUAAUUAUAUUUAUGUUAUGGCAAUAA